AUGACCGUGGAAGGGGUAGAGGGCGAGAAGGCAGAUUUGGUAGCAAUAACUUCAAUGGAGGCCGUGGAAAUGGACGAUAUGGCAGCAACAACAACAAUAAUGGCUACGGGCGUGGGCGCGGUCGAUUUGAUGGCGAAUGCCACUUUUGCCACAAGACCGGCCACAUGUGGAGAGAUUGCUUUAGAUUGCCCGAUGGAUGGGCCCUUUCUCAAGGCCAAGAGGACAGAGGAGCAAGGGGAGGAAGAGGCAGAGGUCAUGGAGGCUGUGGUGGUCGUGGAAGCGAAGCGGCAAGCAUGAAAGGUGGAGACUACGAGACAGGCCUUAGUGAAGAUCAAUACCCGGGCCAAUUCUUCUUUGUCUCCACGCAAGCGGCAGCUGCAGCAUGUGCUGUGGAAAGCUUUUAGGUCACCGUUCACUCUCUGGAAUUUUGGGUGAUCGAUAGCGGCGCCACCUAUAGCAUAACAACUCGUGCGGACUUGCUCACCAAACUCGAACUGUCGCUGGUCAAGCAUGUUACAUCAGCUUUGGGACAGCGAGCAGAGUGAAAGGCAUGGGCAAGGCCAUAUUCAAGGGUGCUGAUGGGAAGAUGAUAGUUAAGCAAGAGAUGGUCAGUGGGAUACGUGUUAAGGGGGAGCCCAAUGAGGUGCUUGGCUGUCUAGCAUGCAUGCAAGCCAAGUUCACCCACUACCCGAUCCAUAGCUCGGAGACAACGGCAAAGGCUCCACUUGACGAGGUGGUGAUGGAUGUGGUGGGCCCCUUGAAACUUGGAGCUGCUAGAGCUGAGUACUUCUUCACUAUAGUGGAUGUCUACACUCACAUGACUUGGGUGUAUGUGAUGCCCAAGAAGAAUGACAUAGCUGAAACGGUGAAGACCGAUUAAUUGCCGAUGGUGGAGCGGCAACAAGACCGACUUGUGAAGGCGAUUCGCACUGACCGUGGGGGAGAGUUCCUGAGCAAGGACUACUCAACUUGGCUGAAGAAACAGGGCAUAAGGCACUCUCUUACCAUGCCCUACUCUCCUGCAAUGAACGGCAUCGCUGAGCGUGUGAAUCGGACACUCACGGAGACGGCUCGGGGACUUCUCAUUAAAGAUGGUCUACCCAAAUAUUUUAGGCCGGAUGCAGUGCGGCAUGCAUGUGUGGCCAAGAAUAGAGCCUCGACCCAUGUGGGAAUAGACAAAUAUGUAACCCAUAUGGAGUGGAUUGGAAGGAAGCCGAAGAUGGAUAUGCUUCGGGUGUUUGAGUGCAUGUGUAUGGCACUUGUACCUAAGAAACUUCGGCACAACAA